CCGCCCAUUUCUCAAAACCCCGCCACACCACUUUUCGAGUCCCCGCAUCGAACCGACAAAAUGGCGCCCAAGAAGAAGGGAAACAAGAAGGCCCAGCAGGACGACUGGGAGGCCGAGCUCGGCGAGACUGUCGACCCCAUAGCCCAGGCCGAGGAGGAGGCAAAGGCUCAGGACGCUGCCCAGGAUGCUCAAGAGGAAGAAUCAUCCGGCGCCGCUGGCGGUUUGAUGGCUGCCCUCAAGCGCAGAAAGGACAAGAAGGGCAAGAAGGGCAAGCAGCAGGACAACGGCUGGGAAGCCGAGCUUGGUGAGGAUCCCACCGCCGACGCAGAUGGAACCUCCACCCCUCCCGUCGACCUCGCCGCCAAGGCACCCGAAGAAGGCACCAUGGACGACGAGGACCUUUACCCCGAGCCCGCUAAGAAAGGAAAAGGUGGCAAAGGUGGCAAGCAGCAGCAGCAAGCCCAGCCCGAGCAGAACGGCGACGACGACGACGAAAUGGAUGCCAGUGGCCGUGUCUUGACCAAGAAGGAGAAGGAAAAGCUGAAGAAGGAGCGUGAGAAGCAGAGAAAGAAGGAACAGGCCGCAGCCAAGAAGAAGGCAGGCGGUGCCGUACCCGCUGCACCCAAGCCCCAGCCCAUCAGAGACACCCCUUCGCCGACCGUCGCUGAGCCCGUCGCUGCAGCACCCGAACCUGCAGCUGGUGGUAAGAAGAAGAAGCUCAACCCUGCUCUCGCCGCCCUCCAGAGACAACAAGCCGAGCUGAAGGCAAGAGAGGAGGAAGCCGCUCGCCUCGAGGCUGAGGAGCGUGCCAGAGCCGAGGAAGAUGAGAAGAACGCUGCCGAGGAAGCAAAGGCUAGAGAAGAAGCCAAGGCCCUCAAGAAGCAAAAGGAAAAGGAGAAGAUCGAGCAGCUCAAGAAGGAGGGCAAGUACAAGACAAAGGCCCAAAAGGAGGCCGAGGCUCGUCAACAAGCCCGUCUCCAGCAAAUGCUUGAGGGUGGUGCCAUUGUCGCUGGUAUUUCUGGCGAAGGCGAUGACGCUAAGAAGGCACAGAAGGAGAAAGACCGCAGAAAGAAGAACCCUCGCAAGGCUGCUGAAGAGCGUGCUGCUGCCGAGGCUGCAAAGGCUGAGGAGGAGGCUCAGAAGAAGCUCGAGGAGUUGCGUAUCGCCGAGGAGCAGAAGAAGGCCGCUGAGGAGGCCGCUGAGAAGGCCAAGGCCGAUGCUCUUGAGAAGAAGGCCGAGGACGAUGAUGAGCUUGACGAUUGGGAGGCCGAGGCUGAGAAGAUGGAGAACGAGGGCGUCAAGGACAGCUGGGACGCCGAAUCUGGCGAUGAGGAUACCGAGAUCGUCAAGCCUGUCGUCAACGGCAAGCCUGUUCAGAAAGGUGCCGCUGGCAAGAAGGCUGACAUCAAGGAAGAGUCUGACUCUGAUUCCGAUUCCGGUUCCGACUCUGAUUCCGAUUCCGACUCGGACUCAUCUUCCGACGCAGAGGAGAGUGCAAACGCUCGCGCCAUUGCGCAGCGUAAGAAGGAGGCCGCUGAGAGACGUCAAAAGACCAUUGCAGACGCCAGAGCUGCCGCUUCCAAGGACAACCUGCGUUCGCCUAUUUGCUGUAUUCUUGGUCACGUCGAUACCGGAAAGACCAAGCUUUUGGACAAGAUUCGUCAAACCAACGUUCAGGAGGGUGAAGCUGGUGGUAUUACCCAGCAAAUUGGUGCCACCUACUUCCCUGUCGAAGCCCUGGAGAAGAAGACCGCUGUUGUGAACACUGAUGGCGCCUUCAAGUUCAAGAUUCCCGGUCUCUUGGUCAUCGAUACCCCUGGUCACGAGUCUUUCACCAACCUCCGCUCUCGUGGUUCUUCGCUCUGUAACAUUGCCAUCCUGGUCGUUGAUAUUAUGCACGGUCUCGAGCCUCAAACUCUCGAGUCCAUGAGAUUGUUGAGAGAUCGCAAGACUCCUUUCAUUGUCGCACUCAACAAGAUUGAUCGUUUGUACGGCUGGAAGCAAAUCGCUAACAACGGUUUCCGCGAGUCCCUUGCCAUGCAGAACAAGGGUGUUCAAAAUGAGUUUGCCGACAGACUUGAGAAGACCAAGAUCGCAUUCGCUGAGCAAGGUUUCAACUCCGAGGUCUUCUACGAGAACAAGUCGAUGGCCCGCAAUGUCUCCCUUGUUCCCACUUCCGCUCACACCGGAGAGGGUAUCCCUGAUAUGCUUAAGCUCAUCACUCAGCUUACCCAGGAGAGAAUGGCUGGUCAGCUCAUGUACAUCACCGAGGUUGAGUGUACUGUUCUGGAAGUCAAGGUCAUCGAGGGUCUCGGUACCACCAUCGACGUUGUCAUCACCAACGGUCGUCUGAAGGAGGGUGAUCGUAUUGUAUUGUGCGGUACAGAAGGACCUAUCGCAACCAACAUCAGAGCCCUGCUUACACCGGCUGAGAUGAAGGAAUUGCGUGUCAAGUCUGCCUACGUCCACAACAAGGAGGUCAAGGCAGCUUUGGGUGUCAAGAUUACUGCCAACGGUCUCGAGAAUGCCAUCGCUGGUUCUCGUCUGCUGUUGGUUAAGGAAGACGACGAUGAGGAAGAGCUCAUGGACGAUGUCAUGUCAGAUCUCGAGAACCUUCUCAGCAAGAUUUCCACAUCUGGUCGUGGUGUCACCGUCCAAGCAUCCACCCUUGGUUCCCUCGAGGCUCUGCUUGAGUUCUUGAAGCAGAUGAAGAUUCCCGUCGGAUCCAUCUCCAUCGGUAACGUACACAGAAGAGAUGUCAUCACAGCAUCCACCAUGUUGGAAAAGCACAAGCAAUACGCCGUAAUGCUCUGUUUCGACGUCAAGGUCGACAAGGAAGCCCAAGCUUACGCCGACGAGGUUGGCGUCAAGAUCUUCACCGCAGACAUCAUUUACCAUCUCUUCGAUGCCUUCACCAAGCACAUGGCCGAGAUCGCCGCACAGAAGAAGGAGGAGUCCAAGAUGUUGGCCGUCUUCCCCUGUAUCCUCAACCCCAUCCAAGUCUUCAACAAGACCAACCCCAUCGUCGUCGGUGUCGAUGUCAUUGAUGGCGCUCUCCGCGUAAACACACCCAUCGCUGCCGUCAAGACCAACCCCGUCACCGGCGCAAAGGAAGUCAUCCCCAUGGGCAGAGUCACCUCCAUCGAGCGCGAGCACAAGCAAAUCCCUCUUUGCAAAAAGGGACAACCCUCUGUUGCCGUCAAGAUUGAAGGCUCCAACCAACCUACCUACGGUCGUCAACUCGAAGACAAGAUGGUCCUGUACUCACACAUCAGCAGAGCUUCCAUCGACACAUUGAAGGAAUUCUACCGUGACGAGGUCACCAAGGAGGAGUGGAACCUGAUCGCCAAGCACCUCAAGGGCCUCUUCGAUGUCGUGUAAGCAAAAGAGGAGAUGUGAAAAGUCGGUUUUUGAAAAGGGUUUGAAAUCUGUCGUUUUUUUUUGUGUAGCUU